AUGGAAGUCGACAAGGCCAAGCACCACCCCAAUGCGGUCCCCACUGCUGUCCCUGUCGGAGCGGCCAUCUUCGAUGAACCCGUCUCUUACCUAGACCUCAAGGCCUGGAUCGCCGAACAAGAAGCCCUACCCCAGCCAGAGCCACUCACUGAUAUCCAGAAGAGAGCCAUUCUGGACCUGAAGAAUUCCAUUGUCAAGACGAAGCAUAAUUUUGGCCUUAGCGAAGCUGAUUGGAUCUCUUUACUUAUGAGAUACCAGCAGGCCCAUCAAGCGGAACAGUGUGUGAUCGAAUAUAAUGAUAGCCACCAAAAUCCGGUUGGCAAGGUCGGGUUCAUGUGCUUUGUCUCACUUCAAGUCACCAAGGACUGGGAGCCGAUCCUCUUCCCCAGCGAAGAGAAUGGUCUAUUGCAUGACGAGAUUACCGGAGCACCUUAUGUCCCGCAAUUUACCAAGAAAAAGGACGCAAAACGGUACGCAGCCAAGUGUGCUAUCGAGUGGCUUAUGUAUCAAAGGUACAUGCCCUCAGAUUGCAAAAAUGUGACUUUCGGCAGUUUCAAGGCAACGCCCAAACCUGCCAAUCCCCAAAUCGGGCAGGCGAAGAAAACACCUCAAGUUGCGGUUGUGCACCCUUCGAUCAUUACUCCCCAGCGGACCCCUACGGCACCGGUCGAAAGCAACGGAUUCGCUAAUGAUAAUGGCACCGUGUCUGCGCCCAUCUCCAUCCCCGCCACGCUAUCGCCUCCCGCGACCGGGGAAUCGGAAUCAAACAACGGUAGCAACGGUGCCUCUCUGGAUCCAAAUGCCGUGAGUAACACCAAGAAGUCAUUGGCACCCUAUCUUGCCAAACCUCCUCCGGCUGCCGCGCCUAUUCGUAGGAAAGCCACCGAUAAUCUUCUUGAUAUUGACGUCCAUGACGAUAGUAUCUCGGUCCAUCAACGAAUAGCUGAGAUGUGCAGGAGACUGGGGAUGACAAUGCCACAAAUCAAAGUCGAACCGAUUCCUGAGACUCAGAACAUGUUUCGCGGCUGGGCCAGCUUUCCAAUCGAGGCCGGGCUGGUACCGGAGCAUGUCGGGCGAGUGGAAAGCGGUUUAUUGUUGAAGCGCACCAAGGAGAUGGUGGGUGAGCAAGUUCUGGAAUUUCUGUUCCAGCUUGAGCAGAAACGGCUUGCGGAGGCGGACCUUGUUUGGGGGGAUGUUUGA